CCGGUCCGCCGGAUUAUGAAUGAAUGGUGGCGCGGUUGUUUUCCACACGAGGUUCCUGUUUUUCUGUGUGGCCAGCUCUGGAAGCCGGCUUUCGGCUGGCGGGAGCUUCCAGGAGGAGCCUCGGAUCCCGGCUGGGGCUGUCGGGAGGACGUUGGCGGCCGUCACCUCCCUCCCGUGCCCACCCUGCCUGGCCGCGCGCCCCUGCGACUAGGUGACUCAGCGAAAGAAGAAAAUGAAAGGCCUUAAGAAAAGUCUUACAAAAGAAUAUCUGUACCUUGACUUUUCUCACCAAACAGAAGGAUGCAUUCUUCCUCUUCAUACCUCCGUGACUUUAUUUUUGUUAUCAUACUGCGACUGCAGAAUCUUUGAAGUUUGCUUGGUCCUCACCAAGGAAGGUACAGAUAGUUCACUAAGAGAUGUGCUGUCCCAGGACAUUGAAAUCCAACUUAUUUCAAGGCAAGAGCUUCCACCAAUAGUCCAGAGUUGCUGUUUACCAGCGGUAAUGGAACAACCGGACAAUUUCUGUAGAGCAGGACUUGCUGUUGUACUGAGACACAUAAUCCAGAAAUCGUAUGAAACAGACCCCUCCAAAAAGGAAAUUUUGGAACUUUUGGGCUUCAAAAAGACUUGUUUGAAAGCCUGUGCUGAAGUCAGCCAGUGGACCAGGCUGUGUGAGCUUACCAUCCCUCUGGCUAUUGAGAAUUUCCUCAGAGCGUCUUCAGAGCAGCCUGCCGCCAUCCCUGUGGAGAUUCUGCAGCUGGAGAAGAAGCUGAGUGAGCCUGUGAGAGUACACAACGACGACAAGCUCCGCAGGCAGAAGCUGAAGCAGCAGAAGGCGGCCAGCGUCGAGCCUGCCCAAGGGGCUAAGGGACAUGCGAAGAGCCAAGUCCGUCCUCAGGAAGCCUCGGAAGAGCCAGACCCCGCAUCCCAGAGCCUGGAACUGAAGGUGGCAUUCUCGAAGCUCACAGUGCAAGAAGGGCCAGCCGCCACCAGCAAGGAGCCUUCCCACAUCCGGAGGGCCAGAGCCUCGGACCUUCCUCCCCUGGAGCAUGUGUUUGCAGAAGGGCUUUUCUUCACCUUGGCAGACAUCGUGCUCCUGCCCUGUAUCCACCACUUUCUGGUCAUUAUCUGCAAGAAAUUUUCUGAGAGGCUGACAGAAUUUCCGUUGCUAGCCUCUUGGUACCAGAGGAUUCAAGAAGUGCCAAGAGUAAAGACAGCAGCUUCUAAGUGUGGGAUCCAGUUUCUCCAUUUACCAGAGUUGUUGACCACUCCAAACAAGCCUGAUCCACAGUUAAGUGAAGCCCUAAGUGGAGAAGAACAGAAUGAUCCUUCAUUUAUUGGAGGACCAAGACCAACCAUGACCAAGUUAAUGGAGAAAGGCAUUAAAGUGAUGUUUUCUCCGCACCCCUGCCCUACGUGGACCCUUGACUGGAACAGUCUUCCUGCUGCAGUGAGCCCAAAGGAAGGCCGAAUGACCGGUGACCGAGCUUUGAGGAAGCAGCAACAGCUAAACAACCUUGUUUAUGUGGUCAUGAGUCAGGCCAAACGUGGUGACAGAAUUGUGGAUUUCUGCAGUGGUGGGGGCCACCUUGGAAUUGUUCUUGCUCACGUGCUGCCAUCAUGCCAGGUUAUAUUAAUAGAAAACAAAGAAUUAUCAUUAAUCCGUGCUAAGAAGAGAAGUGAUGCACUAGGUUUAAGCAACAUUUGGUUCAUUCAAGCAAAUAUGGAGUAUUUUGCAGGAAUGUUUAACAUUGGGGUGGCCUUGCACGCUUGUGGCGUGGCAACAGACAUGGUGAUUGAACACUGCAUCAAAACCCGUGCUUCCUUUGUCACCUGCCCCUGUUGUUACGGCUUCAUUCAGAACACCUCGAAGUUUAAUUUUCCAAAAAGUGAACAGUUCAAGAAAACGUUAUCAUACAAGGAACACAUGAUUCUCUGCAGGUUUGCAGAUCAGACAGCGGUCCAGCUCCCGCCCCAGCGGAGGCUCAUAGGUGCGUGUUCUCACGGGGCAGCUGCUGCAGGGCCAGGCACGCUGCCUCGGUGGGUAGGAAAACAGUGCAUGUGCCUGGUGGAUCUGGACCGUGCCAGAGCGGCAGGAGAGCAUGGCUACACUGUUCAAGUGAUAUCCAUGGAGCCGGAGAGCUGCUCUCCCAAAAACAACAUGAUAGUGGGGGUCCCCGUGUAGGAAGCCAGGCGCACGUCUGGGGCCGCGCCUGAGACCUCGGGGUGAAGGCCCGGAGGCUUCCGUGAGGGUCUUGGCAUGACUGGAGGCCGCGCUGGCCAUCCGGAGCGCGCUGUGCUUGGGACGGGAGCACCGGGGAAAAAAGGCGGCCUGCAGCCUAUCGGAAAUGUUGUUAGGCGGGGAUUAGAGCUGCCUGCGGUUUCCACACCGAGAACACCCGAAAUCUCGGCUGCCGAAAGAAUGACACCAGUGGAGGGCCCAGCACUGGAAAAGCAGUUUCUUCUCAAUUCGUUAGCUUUUCCUGAUCUUGUCAACACGUUGUUCAAUCCCACAUAAUAUACUUGCAGUUUUUGUUUUGUAAUCACUGAGAUAUUCACGUGUGGAGACUGAAAUUAAACUCAGUGGGAAUUUUGAGUGUUUUAUACUUUUAAUAAUUGUACUUUUUCUGUUAAAGUCCAGAGGGGUGUAGCGUGGUUAUUUUUGAGCUGGGCUAGUAGAACUUCUGUAUAGCAUUUUACUAGCAAGUAUCAAAUGAAAUCAUCUGUGUUUUCUUUUAUGUAAAGAGAUAAUUUUUGCCCUAUGGGAAUGUGGAAUUUGGACAUAAAUUCUAACUAAAUAGUAAAUACACUGAUUACGUAUUUCAAAUUUAUAAAGAUAAUCUUGAAUCUCAGUGUCUUUAAGAAUCUAGCCUAGGGGCUGGGGAUUUAGCUGAGUGACAUAAGUGCCUGCCUUGCAAGCACGAGGUGGUGAGUUCAAUCCCCAGAAACACCCCCCCCCCGCGCGCGCGCGCGCGCAAAAGGGAAUCUAGCCUACAUUUUUCUGAAGAUACAAAACCUUGUUUGAAUAAUUUUUUCUGCCCACAUUCACCUGUUUUACCAACUAGCAUUGUUAGAGAUAAGACAUCCUCUCUCACAUGCUUACUUAAUUUUGUAUGUCCUACAUUAUUCCAUUUAGGAUUUCACUGGUUUUGAUAUUUCCAAUUCCUAGAGGACACUUGUCAUAAGAAGAUGAGAAUUUGCUCAUCUUCAUGAGUUAAAAUAGAAGAAUGACUAUAGGGCAGUAUGGGAGGGAGACUUGGUAGUCUUAUCUCUUUAAAGUUUAAGAAAAUAAUUAGCCAUUAUCCCUGAGAAUUUUGAUCAUUUGUGUCCAUAGAUACAACAUGUUUUCUUACAAAGUAUUUUUUAAAUUGAGUUAUAAUUUAUGUACUACAUAGUAAUAAAUUUUUAAGCAUUUUAUUUGAAAACAUUUGGCGUCUGUAUAUACCCACACAACCACCACCAAAAUAAAAUAUAUAAUAUUUGCUAUGUAUUGUAAAAUACCUGUAUUGAGAAUAUUUUCCAAGCCUGUGACUUCUAUUUAUUUUCACAAUGAAUAUUCUGAUUUUGAUCAGAUUUAUCUUUCUACUUAUAUGGUACCAAUUUUCUGUGUCCUUUCUAAUAAAUCUACCUAUCCUAAGGUUAGGAAGA